AUGACACCACCUUAUGACAUGGCAGAGAUUCAGAUCCGUGCCGAGGGCAUCUUCAAAGUCCUGGAAUUUCGAGAGUGUGCACAGAAGAAAUCUAUGCUUAUCUCCGCUCCACCAGCGAAUAACCCUCCUCCCCCGCCUACGAGGGACGACAAGAGGAAGAGACAGGAAAUGGACCACGCAAAAGAAGGGAAAAGGCCAAGACAGAAUCGAGAAUCACCACGAUACCCCACAUUCGAAUACACCGUCCCUCAGGAAGUCAUUUAUGACGAGAAUAAAGACAGACCUAUCUGGCGUGAGCCGUACAAAAUUACCACUCCUCCCGACAGAAGAGACAAAAACAGGUACUGCCUCUUCCACAAAGAUCAUGGCCAUACAGUCGCCGAAUGCCACAACCUCCACAAUCAGAUCCAGGCCCUCAUGAGAAGUGGAUGGUUAACCCAGUAUAUUAAAGGGACAGGAAGACCCGGCACUUCACAACCCAACCCUGCUUCUGCCCCAGCACCACUAGCAGCAGACUCCCUGCGUACGGCCACAACAAGCUCACAAGAACCUCUCAAGCAAGUCCCCAUGAUACACAGGAUCAUGGAGCUCACUGAGGAACAAGAGCAUGCAGCCAAAAUUCACAAGAGGAUGGAGGAAUGGGUGAAGCGAUACAGAUCACUAGGUCACACCGUCAACCUUGUCACUUCAGAGGACAGAUGUUAUCCAGCCUCUGCUAUCACCUUCACUGAAGACGACUUGCAGGGAGUGCACCUGCCCCAUGACGACCCUCUAGUCAUCUCGCUACAAAUCGACAAUUUCCAGCUGGGAAGAGUUUUAUUCGAUGGGGGCAGUGGGGUUGACAUUCUUUUCUAG